AUGCCGUACAAGCAACAAGGAAGUCACUCGGGAUCCAGUCAAGGCAGGGAGGCCAACCCACUCAUGGUACAUUCGCCACCAGCGCUGAGCCAACCCAAGGCCGUCACUUCUUCUUCCCAGGACAAACAGAGCCAAGCUGUGCCGAUUCAACAGGCCUCCUUCACAGACAGCAGCCAACAGCCACGCCUCUUACUGCCCUUUCCGGGGUCAUCACUGCCACAGGAAGGCCAGUCUGCAGGCUCAGGUCAUGCUCCAUCCCCUCGAAUCAACACUGUGAAGUUAGACUGGACUCAGCAAGCUGCUGUUACUGCACCCCACUUCAGAGACAGGUCCCCAGGGAAGCGGCUACCCGUGGGCAACAGCCCUUGCUUCCACAGCUUCGAGGAAAGAAGCAUGUGCAGGGAGCGCAGACUGGGUAAUACCAAGUGGCACAUGCAAGAAGAACUGGUGCGCCAACUGGAAGAUGAGCUGGCACAAGAGAAGGAGCGGCUGUACAUUAUGCGGGCAGAGCUGGCAUCCAACUCCCACUCACAGUUCCCAUAUGUAAGCACAGGGCUAAUCCUUCCAGGGCAGUCCAAAGGGCCAAGGAGUGAGCUUGUGAGUGAGAGACACCUCACAACCCACCAUGAAGGCCAGAGCAGUUCAGAGAGAAAUCGUAGCAUCGAAUAUUACAGGCACAGCACCACCCGUCCACCAUUCACAUAUGCCUUCCUCAUUGGUUGGGCCAUCCUAGAAUCUCCCAAGAAACAACUCAGCUUGAAUGAGAUCUAUUGCUGGUUCAACAACAAUUUUGGCUUCUUCAGGCACCACAUACCUACCUGGAAGAAUGCCAUCCGACACAACCUUAGUUUACACAAAUGCUUUGUGCGUGUGGAGAAUGUGAAGGGAGCCGUGUGGACUGUGGACGAGUUUGAGUUUUAUAACAAGAGGAACAAGCAUUGCUCCACUUAUCCACAUCCAGUUCUGGACAGCCAAGGAGCAGGAGGCUUUUCAGGAGAAUGGGAGAGCGCAGGCCAGCCAAGAACAGAAAGAAGUGUCCACUACAGGCCAGGGUCCUCUCCCCAUUUUGGCUUUCCUCAGGGACCAUGAGCUGAAGCAGCUGAUGUUGACUUGCCCCUUCAGAGGUCCUGGCAGGAAUAUAGAAUGUGUAUGAUAGUGAAGUUGGCUUUCUGUGCUGAGGGCAUUACCCACAUACGGCCUACAGCUGACCCUGCUUGCAGUCAAGAAAGCAAUAUUGCAAAGGCCUCAAAUUUGGCAACAGGGAAUGUGGAAACAAGUGCAGUCUAAAGCAGCCACAUAUCCCAACCUCAUUGUACCCCAUACCAAUCAGCACAUGUAUUUUUUAACAAAAA